CAAAGACGUCGGUGCAUUGAGAAAUGUGAAAAAAAAAUAUUAUCACUUGUGUGGACUUGUCAAUGUUCCCGUUAAAUUUCCAACUUUGCAACUACAAGAAGACAGCAUUCACCUACACAGCAAUUGAAAAUCCACACCGAAGAUUGACCUUUGUACAACGGUGCUAGAAACCGCGUCACUAGUAAUAACUAUUGGAUUGAGACAUGCACUUAACAGUAAGGCCCCCAACUAAUAUAAAAACCAGUUAUUGGGUGUGUUACUCAUCAGCAACUACAACGUGAGAAACAUGGCUUCCUUAAGCUCCUUAGUGCUGCUCCUUGCAGCUCUAAUUCUAUCCCCUCAAGUUCUUGCAAACUAUGAGAAUCCCCCAGUGUACAAGCCUCCCACUGAGAAACCACCAGUUUAUAAGCCCCCAGUUGAGAAGCCUCCUGUUUACAAACCUCCAGUUGAAAACCCCCCAAUUUAUAAGCCUCCAGUAGAGAAGCCACCAGUGUACAAGCCCCCAGUUGAGAAACCCCCAGUGUACAAGCCCCCAGUUGAAAAACCACCAGUGUACAAGCCCCCAGUUGAGAAACCACCAGUGUACAAGCCCCCAGUUGAAAAACCCCCAGUUUACAAGCCCCCAGUUGAAAAACCCCCAGUGUACAAGCCCCCAGUUGAAAAACCACCAGUGUACAAGCCCCCAGUUGAGAAGCCCCCAGUUUACAAGCCCCCAGUUGAGAAGCCACCAGUUUACAAGCCCCCAGUUGAGAAGCCACCAGUAUACAAGCCCCCAGUUGAGAAGCCUCCAGUGUACAAGCCACCAGUAGAGAAGCCUCCAGUUUACAAGCCACCAGUAGAGAAACCUCCAGUUUACAAGCCCCCAGUGGAGAAACCUCCUAUUUACAAGCCACCUGUUGAGAAGCCUCCGGUCUACAAGCCACCAUAUGGAAAGCCACCAUACCCAAAGUACCCUCCAACUGAUGACACCCAUUUCUGAAGGAUGUCAAGAGGUGUAUUGAGUAUAUGCUAAAUAAGAGGUGCUCAAAAUGUAGUUAUAGAUUACAAAUUAUUGCAAGGGUUGCUCUUAGCUUCUUCAUUUCAAGCUUUUGUUUACACUUUGCAGUGCUAUGGCAAAGAUAAGAGUAUCAUGGAUGGAAAAAGGGGGGGAAAAAUGUUGCUUUGUACUCCAAAUUAUGAAUAAUAGAACUUUAUAUUAUUUAUCAGAU